AUGAAUAACCAGCAGCAGCGAAACGCUGGGGACCCUGAGCACCCACCCCAACUCUGGGCGCACCGGCCUGGAGGCCUCGGCGCGCAUCUUAGUCCUGCAGCCCGGAGCGACACUCCGCGGACCCCCUGGCCGGGCGGGCCGGGAUCCCCGGGCUCCGGGCAGCGGCUGGACGGCUGGACAGCGCUCUCGCCAAGGCGGCCGGGCCCGCCCCUGGGGGUGGCGCUGGGAGUGGUCACGUGGCGGGGAGCCCCUUUCCCCACCCCCAGCCGCCCCGCCCGCCCCCGCGCUCGGGGCCCUCCGCCCGGCCGCAGAGCCAGCAGCCGCGGGCGCAGCGGGGUCGGGGGCGCCGCGUUGCUGCAGCUGGGGCGGCCCCCGCCAGCCGAGCCGCCGCCGCCGCCGAGCAGCCCGGAGCGCGGCGACAGCGACAGCACCAUGGACCUGUCCUUUAUGGCCGCGCAGCUGCCCAUGAUGGGGGGCGCCUUCAUGGACUCGUCCAGCGAGGACUUCAGCGCCGAGUACCCGCUCUUCGCCGCCUCCAACCACGUGCCCGCGGCGCCCGCGCCCGGGGCCGCCGACGACGCGGGCCGCUCCUCGCACGACGCUGUGCUGCUCUGGAUCGCCGUCAUCGCCACGCUGGGCAACAUCGUGGUGGUGGGGGUGGUCUACGCCUUCACCUUCUGACGCGCGGGGGGCGCGCGGCCGGGCCGGCAGCCGCCUGGCAGAGGGUUCUAGAAACUGCACCAUCGGUGGGUGGGCCAGUGCGCGCUGCCGGCUGGACGGAAGGGGCCCUGGAGGGGCUUGUUGGGAGUGCGGGGCGGGGGCGGGGCGGUGUAGACGGGGGCGCCCCCACUGAGGCUGCUGCUGGGAGGGCCCCCCCAUCCCUCCGAGACCCGCGGGAGAGAGGGGUGCCGAGGGAGGGGUGGGUGGCUUUACAUGCGAUGCCGCUUUCCCUCUCACCCAGGGACGGUGUGCGGGGGGGUGGGGUGGGGGUGGGCAGGUGACCGUCCCCCCCACCCCGCCCCUGCGCCUGCCCCCUCGAGCCCCGUGAAGGCCCCGCGGGUCUCAGCAGCGUGGCCCGAGCUGCCCAGCAGGAUGACCGAGUGUCACCAGGCGCGCCCGCCUGCCCCGCUGAGCAUUGCGAGCCCCCCCGCCCCCUGCCCCCCCCCGUAACAUUAAAAUAAAAAUAUGACAAAGAGCUGCCGGGCCCCGAG